GCAGUAGUCGUUGGUUGCGCUAGAUCUGAAGUUGUCGGUAAAAGGUUACUCUGGGUCAGGAGAAGAGGACUUGAUCAAGAAAUGGCGGUGGUUAGCAUGAUCUGGGUGUGCGGGUCAUUGGCAAGCGUACCGUUACGUUGUGAAACCUAGCGCCUCCUAGCCUGUAUGCGGGCGUUUUAACCGGGUUUGCACCGCGGCGCCCGCUCAAGAUCAUCAUCAGCUCGGCAGCACUUGGUCGUCGCUAAUCGUCAACGAAUCAUGGCGCUAACUGAAGGUGUCAGCCGACGCUACCAGGCGUCCGUCCUUUCCAACAUUCUCAUCGUCUUCCUUUUGACGACUGCUGUCCAAUCAGCUGAGCAGCAGCAGGGAUCAUCUAGUAGUGGUAGUGGAGCUGUGACAUUGGAGAAUGAGCGGUCGACAUUCCUGGAGUGGCUGUCCGGCCUGCUGGCCAAUGAGGAAGAGCCCACCACCCCUCCCGCCCCCGUCACAGCUGACGAGUGCAAGUCAUGCAAGUGUGGAAUAGCCAAUACAAAGACAAGAAUUGUUGGUGGUCAAGUGACCUAUGUGAACCAAUAUCCGUGGAUGGCAUUGCUCAUGUACAACAACCGAUUCUACUGCGGAGGAUCGCUCAUCAGUAACAAAUACGUGCUCACAGCUGCACAUUGCGUUAGCUCAUUCAACAAGAAAAAAAUCUCGGUGCGUCUCUUGGAGCAUGACAGAGAUUCAGACAAUGAGACCAUGCAUAUCGACCGCAAAGUGGCAAGAAUUGUCAAGCAUCCUGGCUACAGCGAUCGCACCUUCAACAACGAUAUUGCUAUCAUUCAACUCGAUGAAGACGUCGAUUUGGACGGAGAGAAUGGUCUCCGACCAGUCUGCCUGCCUCCAACAAGGAAGAGUUUCAGUGGUGCGAAGGGAGUUGUGACUGGAUGGGGAGUGAAGAAUUCGGGAGGUUCGACAUCACCCACUCUCAACGAGGUCACUGUUCCUAUUCUAUCGAAUAAAUCAUGUCGCAACACUUCCUACGGCGAGACAAGGAUAACGGACAACAUGUUGUGCGCUGGAUAUCCAGAGGGCAAAAAGGACUCUUGCCAGGGUGACAGUGGUGGACCUCUUCAUGUUGUAAAUGGAACAAGAUAUGAUGUUGUGGGUGUGGUGUCGUGGGGCGAAGGCUGUGCGCUGGCCGACCAUCCGGGCGUUUACACGCGGGUGAAUCGCUACAUCACAUGGCUGCGACUCAACACAAGGGAUGGCUGCUUUUGCCAGCAGUUCGACACGAUCACGCACAAAGUGCUGCCCGAGGGAGACACCAGCCAGUCGCCGUUCGACGAGUAUACCGAAUAGGACUGCAGUCACCUCACCAAUGGUUGAGGAAUUUAUAAACCAGGAAUUAAUUUAUUGAUGAGGAUUGAGA